UGGUGCAUAGAGGCUAAUAGCAGAGUGACACAGCUGCCUUACAGAAGCAAAAGCAACCUGGAGAAUACCUGUGGAGUAUUCUUUCACUGCUGACUUUGGAAGAAGAACUUUCUCGCCUAUCUGAAUUGAACUACAGGAGCCAAAAUGAAAACGAUCUUCCACUCCUUCCUCUAUUGCUGCCUGCUGGCUUCAGUAGCACACUGUGUGGAACUUGAGGUGAAUCCCGAGUUGAAAAAAAGACUAAGCAUGUGGCUUGGGAGCAGAUUGAGACGGGAUCUUGAAACCGUCGCAGUACAGAAAACAGCAGAGUCUGAAAACUUUGUCAGACCAGAGGACAUCAGGGAUACCUUGCUGCCACAUUCCAGCACUGACAUUAAGAUCCGAACCAAGAGGUCCGUAGGUUGUACCCUGGGUACCUGCUCGGUGCACGUCCUGGCACAUCGUGUACAACAGUUCAAAGACAACAAGCUGAAGACCAGCGUCCCUCAUGGCACUGAUAUUAAGAUCCGAACCAAGAGGUCCGCAGGUUGUGCCCUGGGUACCUGCUCGGUGCACAUCCUGGCACAUCGUUUACAACAGACCAAAGACAACAAGCUGAAGAUCAGCGCCCCUGCUAGCAAAAUGAGCGCUCACGGAUACGGCCGGAGGCGCAGAUCUAUUCCAGAGAGGCAAAUCUCCCUAAGGAUGGAGGAGGGCAGGUUGAGACCCGUGUGGAGUCUGAACAACUCACAAGUUCACAAGCUUGAAGCUCUACUCAGCAGGACAUGAGGAGGACUCUGAAAGAGGACUUGGGAGCAAAAUCAAGGGAGCUGGACUCUUCAGCUUGUGUCCCCUUCUGCUUGGCUUUGAAAUUCUCCAAAUGCCUAAGACUCUUGCCAAGUAUACUCCAGCGCAUUUGUUCCAGACAGGAGGACUGAGUCAGAGUGAUUCUGGAUGCAGCCGUGGCUCUGGGAUGCGGCUCAGUGGACUAGAGUUUGCAAACAGCUGGCUUAAAGAAACUGGAUGGCAUAGUGUGGAGCAAACUACAGGUGCUGUUCUCUGCCUGGCAGAGGAAAAGGAUGAGUGCAAAUACAUGUGGGCACAUCCUGAAAGAGGGAACCCUCUAUUAACAUUUUAGAACUUUACACACUUAUUCCUCAUGGCCUAGACUUUAAAAAGUGCUAUUCCCGAAGGACUACAUCAUGCUCUAUAAGACUGCUAAAAAUGGCUUGCACUUUUCCUUUUGAACUAAAGCAAAAUGAAUCAUAAAGAAAAGAUAUCAUUAUCAAUAUGCCUACAGAGCUUUAAUGCUCUCCAUUUAUAUCAAGUUUUGGACACUGUACAAGGGAAAAUGCCUUAGAUUCUUUGAGCUAUGUGCCAAUCCAUACUGGGUUUAACUAUACUUGAAAAUGUUUUUGUCUGUAAAAAAAAACCAAAAAAAAACCAUGUGCAAUCCUAUUUU